AUGACAAGUAAUGGUUCACAAGAUGUAAAGCUAUCUACUAAUAUUAUUGAAUCUGUGAAAGAAACUGUUCAAGCUGGUACUGCUAAGUUACUGAUAGAUCCAGAUGGUACAGUUCGUUUAGAAGCUAAUUCAAAUUUCCCAACACCUGGUACACACGACAAACAGAAACUAUUUGCUGCUUGUACAGACGACGGUCAAACUAAUGUUUACUAUUCACCGUCUGGUAAUCCAUCUGAAGUAUAUCUUUUAAAACCAACUGCAAAAUCAGCCGGUAAACAGUUAAGACUAACUACCAGAGACUCAAAAAAUAUCAAGGCGUCCACGGCGGAAGACCAGCCUUACGAAUCAGAUCAAGAUAAAUCAAAUCCGAUAGUUAUGUCAGUGAUUGGACAAGACACUGUAGCUCAAAAACCAUCAUCGCUGUCUUCAUCACAAUCUCUUUCUAAGGGCGGACCUUCUACAGCAACCCUAUCACCACCCAGUGUGUGUUCGAUAGCAACCUCGACAUCAUCAAGCCCAGUAAACUCGCCUGUUGAUGACAGUGACUUUCCAAUCGAUUUACCCGUUUCAUUUGAAACUGAUGUUAAAAAUAGUGGGGUAAAUUCCGACAUUGAUGAACUUGAUAGCCUUCUUCCAGAUAUAGGAAGUACCAUUGCAGCACAUCUACAAAAUAAAGACUCUCAACAGAAUACUGUUUCUCGUAAGGAAAACAUAGUUAAAACUUUGUUGACCCAGAAAACACCCGUGACAAUGCCCCACACUGCAACGGCAAAUAAUGCUUCUGUUAAGAUUCCAAUGAGCUAUAAAAACAUUGCAACAAAACCCGUGCCAAUUACAAAUUCAAAUGGACAGCUCUUAUUGUUCACUACCAGUAUAGGACAAAAUCAGUGUAUCUAUUUAUCAGAAAAUGAAAAGUUAGCACCAGUGGUGCCGGAUAUUGCCAAAUCAAUACCAACUAUAGAUACUAACAGUUCCGCCCAACCCAUGGCGAACGCAUUUAGCUUACUCCAAUCAUCGUUCAAACAAACAAGAACAACAGCUCCGUUUAAACCACUCAACGCCGUCUCUUUACUUCACGGGCCUGUUCAACAAAAGACACUUCCAAGAAUUCUAAAUGUUAGUAAUCAUCCGCAAACAAAACCGGUUUCAUCGAGUAAACAGACAUCUGUACCAAUAAUUGUGAUGCCAAAGUCUAUGCCUGCAACUUCAAGUUACAUGGCUAAAAAUAUCACCCAAAAACACGUUCCCGUUAAGGUUCUGCCCAAAGCAGCUCAAGCUGUCCCAAAUACCAAUGUGACACAAGUGAAUUCUGAAAACGUGUCUGGUUUGAAGUUUGUAAGUAGCAACACAUCUGACAACUUCAAGCAAUUUUUGCCUCGCAAAAUAAAUCCAGAGUCGAUCAUGAAAAUAGGAAAAACAACGGCUAGUCAAUGUCUGGAGCAAGCAGUGGCCAAAACUAGUGGAUCCACGUCAAUAACAUCAGUUGUAGCGUGUCCAAAAGUGUCUAAUGAAGAGUUAGUCGUGUGUGAAAAUGUAAAUAAUCACAACAAUAUAGAUGGUGAUAAUAUUAAGAAAACGGAAGACACUUCUUGUAAUAUACGAAUUGAUUCUGUGUUUUCCCUCUCAGAACCAUCACAAUCAGAAGAAAAUACUAAGAAAGACGGAAAGAGAAAGCGUAAGAACGCCAAUAAGGAUAAGAAAUUUAAGUUUGUUACCGAAGUGAAGGAAUACAAAUGUAAACCUAUGUACGUAGUGUUGGAAAGACUAGCUUUAUCGAAGGACACAGUGCAUGUCCACGAUGAUACGUUAUCAAAAACUAAAUGUACCAACUAUUGUCGCAAAAGAACCUUAAACUGUUUGUGUGACAUUGAUCUCUUAGACUGUAAGAACCCAGUGUUAAGUUCAACGGCCACAUACAUGAAACGUCGUCGUAUAGAGAUCACGCCAUCUUCACCUGAACUCGCUCUUGAAUUGAGUGAUUCUGACUUAAAAUCGAGAUGUGCUGAUGACUGGACAUUAGUGGAAGAAGUACCGAAAGAAACCAGUACGAUUGCAAAUAAAGUCCAUAAGCCCAGUAUUCAGAAUACAGAUCACUCUUCAUAUGCGUCACCAUCUGAAGCAGCAAGAUCCAGAAAUUUCAAAUCUGGAAAUAAACCAAAAAUGGCGCUAAAAGCAGUAACCAUGCUACCAGCAAAGGUUACAACGCCAGACUCUAAGGUACAUUCAACACAGCAAGCCUUUGAAGGUGCGUUAAAAAAUGCUGUGGCAUCUAAAAAUGUCCUAAACAACUCAGUGGAAACUAAACCAUUAUUACAAAAUAUGCCGACUUUAAUCAAAAUACCAUUAACAAUUUCCUCGACAAAACCAUCAAAUUCAUUGAUUGUGACUGGUACUGCAUCUUCUUCUACAACUACCACAACCAUUCCUUCAGUCAUUUCUUCAACGACACCAUCCUUAUCUAAAGUUUCACCAACACCAGCACAUACGCAGGCGAAAGAAAAAGUGUUGAAUGGGAAGUUUUAUUUAGUGACGAUAGAUGGAAAGAUGGUUCUUAUCCCCACAGACAAGUCAGUGAAUAAUAAAGCAUUUGUUUUACAGCAAGCAGCUGAUGGUACUACAGGGCUUAUUCCUGCAUGUUUGUCAUACAGUAAAACAACUCCGACGGCACCCAUUAAUACCACAGCUUCUCCAAUAGUGACUUCAGUCAGUAGCAGUAAAUCAGUCAUGAACAUACGAAGCAUUGCACCUCGCACCAAUUCAUCUCUCACAUUAGCCUCUAAUACAAACACAAGUGCGAAAAUCAUUCCAACUGGACCUGGAGUUCCCAAAACUAUUCAAUCGCCAAUCCAGAGUAUUACAGCAGCAAUUGUAUCCAAACCACAACCAGUUUCCAUUGUCCCAAACGCCAAAUUGGCUGCAACGGAUACUAUGACCAAGUCUCCUGUUAUACAAGCAACUAUUGCUUGUCCAAGCAAUACCGGUACGCCAUCACCAACAGUAGAUCCGGCUAAAAAACGAAAGAAAACUUUAGCAGAAAGAUAUCCUCUCCCUCCCGGUGUCAUAAUUAAACAAGAACCAAGAACAACAGGUUAUGGUGACGAACCCAAAGACCAAGGAGUUGAAUCAGCUAACCCCUCACCCUUACCAGUCACAUCGAAUCGGCGUUUAGUUCAGUCAGUUUUAACUCCAAGUGUGGUACCACGACUUACAUCUACCUCAACUUUACUUACACUGCCAACCACUACAGUUAAUAGUAGAUCCUUGCUUAGAAAUACUACUCCAAUACAAGGUAUAGGAAGUUUCAACAGAAGCAUACCUGUACCAGCAACCAAUUUACGUACCUUGAACAUUCCGCAGCCAAAUACACAAUCAACGAAACCUCGACCACCAAUUAACAUCAUACAAUAUUUUCCUGUAUCGAAAUCUGCAUCUCAUCAUGUACAGGCGCCGCCAAGAAUUUCCCCGGUCAUGAAAAACAAUACAAUAACAUUCACCAAACUACCUAAUACCAAUGCCUUUCAGGCAGUGACGACAAAAAUACAUAACAGUUCCAUACCUUCUAAGACUCUAGUGAACGCAAAAGAACGUCCAAUUCCCGUGUUGUUUUCCCGUGAACCAAGAGUGGACAAUAAACUAGUGGAAAACAAUUCGCGUCCUGGUUCACCUGGACCACCAGAUUUAGGUGAACCACAGAUAAUCCUUCCGCCUAAAGUAGGCCAGCAAGUCUCGAACGACAGCGACACGGAUUCUGAUACUGAAGGUGCUUCUAACUCGUUUCCUCUUUUCACUAGCCCAGUGGUUGAAAAAAGACUUGUAGAACCUAAGGCUAAGACUCCACAAGAGUUGCGAAUUGAAAAACUCAAAAAACAAUUACGCGAGCAAGAGAGAGCUUUGGAAGAAAUGAGAAAGAAAAAGGCGUUGGAGUGUCCAAUAGAUAUUGACGAUGAUUAAUGACAUCUUAUGUUUGUCAAUUGAUAGCGUUAUGUUUUGACUUGGUGUUCGCUCCCAAUCUUGUUCGUUUUUCUACUGAUAGUGCAUAAUAUGAACAUUUUUAGUAUAUAUUUGCUUUCCAUAGGCAGGAAAAACGAACAGGAUUGUGUAAAAAACAGCGUUUAUCAAUGAUGUGCAAUUUUUCUUUCUAAGCAAUGCACAAUUAUAUCGACGAGGAAUGUAUUAAGAACACAACAUUUAAAACAAAGGGUUUGUCAAUAUACGGAACCAAUCUUUACCAAUGUGCCUUAAUUCUGAAUCCCAAUGAUUUGAAAUUGUGAUUUGAUGCUAUACCUAUUUUGAGUCUAUACCCUUUUUUUAAUGCUUCAAGCUUAUAUAUCCAUCUAAUUUAUUAUUUGCCCAAUCCCACUUAUUAUCAUAUUUCAUUGUAUACAUUCUUAAAAAUCUUACGAUUAGAAUUUCUCAAGCAGCAAAGAGUGAUCGAAAGAUUUUUAAGUAACAAUUGUGUAUUGGGGUAUGGUAUUGCUUAGUUCGAGAGAUUUUUAAUUGUUGUAUGUAUGCCUAUCAAUGUUAUUUUGUUAAUGAUUUGUCUUACGUAAUUUAUCAAUAUUAUUUUUAAUAACAAA